AUGGACCGUUCGCUGGGGACAGAGGCUGGGGUAGAGGAAAAUGGCCGUGCGGAGAGACUGGAUGAAGGACCGGACACGUCCGACCCCGCAUUCCGCUCUCGUAUCAAGGACAACCAAGCUGGCGUCUCCAGAACCAUGUUCAAGCACUUUGAUCGAGUAUCACGUCAUGUCGCGGUUGACUCUCCUUCUGACCAGUUUCGCAGUGGUUCACCCGAAGCCCCAGCGUUCGGCACAGACACACCAUCUCAGCUGGAAGGCCUUACCCCACAGAAACCACUGAGUGCAGAUCGGGGAAUCACCCAAAAGUCUGGGAAGUAA